AAGGUCUCAACACCACCGCAUGUCUCCGAGAGAGGCCGAACCGCUUCUACUGCGGAACUUUGAAGCGCUUGUUUUACGCGUCAUGUCAGUCUGCUGAAAAUCAGCGCGCACAGGACGCACGAGCGCAGAGAAGAUGGAUGGUAAGACAAAGUUAGAGGCGACCCGUGGCCCCAACUGAACCGCUCCGCGGGACCCGCUGGCUGGAAUAAAACUCCGAGCUUUUCCAAACUUCAAGCUGAGUUCGGUUCAUGGAGUCCGCGGCGGCCCGCCUGCGCCUCCUGCACGCUCUCACGGUGUCGGCUCGGCUCUAGCUCACCGGAGUCACAAAGUUUUGCUUUUCAUUUUUAUUUUUAUUUUUCCGGGACAAAAAAGAGAGAAAAGAAAAACAGAGAGGAAGAGACGGGAGAGACGGUGAAGGUUGUAACAGAAAUUAGAAAUCAGCAUGGAGACUUCAGCUCCAACAACCACAGACAAGAAAGAGUGUAAAGGUUCUGGUCUGGAUGGAAGCAGCUUUGCAGAAGUCCCUAAAAAGCCUUCAGCGACCACUCUGAACAGAGGUGCACACCACCUUUUCCCCACGUUUCACACUCCCAUCCCAAUCGACAUGAGGCACCAUGAGGGGCGGUACCAUUAUGAGCCACACACAUUCCACGCCAUGCACGGACCUCCAGGACUGACAGGCAGUCCAGUCAUCUCAGACAUCUCUCUGAUCCGACUAUCGCCCCACGCAGCGGCCGGGACGGCAGAGUCGCCGUUCAGCCCUCCACAUCCGUACGUCAGCCCUCACAUGGAGCACUACCUGCGCUCUGUUCAUGGAAGUCCCACCCUGUCCAUGAUCUCAGCUGCUCGAGGACUGAGCCCCGCUGAAGUGACCCAUGAACACUUGAAGGACCGCGCCCUGUUCAGCUUCCCCCCUCCACCACCAGGAGCCAACCCCACAGAGUACUACCACCUGAUGGCCAGCGCCAGCCAGAGAAGCCCGUACGGCGAUCUGCUGAUGCAGAAUGGUGCAGCGGCGGCUGCAGCAGCAGCAGCUCAUCUACCAGAUUACAUCAGCCCUGUGGACGUAUCCCGUUUUUCCAGCCCCAGGCUGACGCCCAGGCUCAGCAGGAAGAGGGCGCUGUCCAUCUCACCGCUGUCAGAUGCCAGCAUUGACUUGCAGACGAUGAUCCGGACAUCACCUAACUCUCUAGUGGCCUACAUCAACAACUCCCGCUCCAGCUCAGCUGCCAGCAGCUCCUACGGACACCUCUCAGUUGGAGGAAUCAGCCCCACGUUCAGCUUCCCCCAUCCCUUCAACCCCUACCAGCAGCUGUUGUCCCAGCAGAGAGGUCUCAGCACCUUCGGCCACACCUCUCCUCUGAUUCAGCCGUCACCGUCCUCUUUCUCUGCACGCCAACACUCCCUCACUGCUUUGCCGAUGUCCACACACAACAGCUCCAACUCGGAGACAAACCAGAACGCCAGCGGAGAUCCAGCCGUGAGCAGCACCGUCAACCCACUGACUACCAAGAGGUCCAAGGUGAAGACUGAAGCAGAGGGUCCACUGCCCAUUUCACCAUCCUCUCAGGACCAUGGUGGGGGCAUCCUGGACCUGAGUGAGGAUCUGGAUAAAGAUGAGUGCAAACAGGAGCCUGAGGCCAUAUAUGAGACCAACUGUCACUGGGAGGGCUGCUCCAAGGAGUACGACACCCAGGAACAGCUUGUUCAUCACAUCAACAAUGACCACAUUCAUGGAGAGAAGAAGGAGUUUGUAUGUCGCUGGGAGGAGUGUUCGCGGGAGCAGAAGCCCUUCAAGGCCCAGUACAUGCUGGUGGUCCACAUGAGGCGGCACACAGGGGAGAAGCCUCACAAAUGCACAUUUGAAGGUUGCUCUAAAGCGUAUUCUCGUCUGGAGAACCUCAAGACCCACCUCAGGUCCCACACCGGGGAGAAGCCUUAUGUGUGUGAGCACGAAGGCUGUAACAAGGCCUUCUCCAACGCCUCGGACAGGGCCAAGCACCAGAACCGCACACACUCAAAUGAGAAACCUUAUGUGUGUAAAAUCCCGGGCUGUACAAAGCGCUACACAGACCCAAGCUCUCUCAGGAAGCACGUUAAGACUGUCCACGGACCGGAAGCCCACGUCACAAAGAAACAACGCAGCGAUGCUCCUCCAAGGCUGCAGCCGCCUAAAGGCAACGGGGAGCAUGAGGGGAACUCCAUACAUGCCACAAGAGGCAGCGAUGGCAAGACUGAGGCCAACAGCUCAUCCAGAGGCUCAGAAGACUGUCUGCAAGUCAAAUCCAUCAAGACGGAGAACUCUUUGACGUAUCAGUCCAGUCCUGGCGGCCACUCGUCAUGCAGCAGCGAGCCGUCGCCUCUCAGCAGCGCCAACAACAACGACAGUGGGGUAGAGAUGGCCAUGCACAGCGGGGGCAGCUUCGGGGACCUCAGUGCGCAGGAUGAGUGCCCCAUGGUUGACUCCACUGUCCCUGCUGGCGGACAGCAGGCGGGGGUGGGGCUUCAGUUGAGGAAAGCAGUCACCGUCAAGUUGGAAAACAUCAAGAAAGAAAGGCUGAAGACAGUGAGGGAGUCCUGCCCCUGGGUUAACGCUGCACCACAGCCACCACAGGGCCAGCCCAACAGCAUGAAGCUGCCUCCCAUACCUGCAGUCGGUUCCCUCCUGGAGAGCUCCAGCCUGAUGAGUAAUCUGAGUGGUUUGCGCUCUGGUCAACCUGUGGGUGACCUCUCUUCAUGCGAAGUCACACUGCUGAACCAGCUGAACGAGCGCCGUGACAGCACCACCAGCACCAUCAGCUCAGCCUACACCAUGAGCCGACGCUCGUCCGGCAUUUCGCCCUGCUACUCCAGCCGUCGCUCCAGUGAGGCGUCCCAGUUUGGCGCCAAUCGCCACAACAACAUCAGUUCGGCCGAUUCCUAUGACCCGAUCUCCACCGAUCUAUCUCGCCGCUCCAGCGAGGCCAGCCACUGUGGAGGUGGUAGUGUCAGUGGAGGAGAUCUUCUCAGCCUUACACCAGCUCAGCAUUAUCGGCUCAAGGCAAAGUAUGCUGCUGCCGUGGGUGGAGCUCCACCCACUCCUCUCCCCAACAUGGAUCGAAUGAGCUUGAGGACACGCAUGGCCUUCUUCAAUGAUUCCCAGGAGGGCUCAACACUCCCAUUCCAUCAGCCGCCCUCUGGGUCUAUACCCAGGCGAUGCAGUGAUAUUGGAUAUGGCACCCAGAGCAUGAUGCCCCAUGAAGUACCUGCCAACCUUCCACGGCGAGCCAGUGACCCGGUGCGUCGUCCCACUCUGGACCCUAUCUCCUUUCCAAGGGUUCAGCGCUACAGCAGCAUGAAUUCCAUGAAUGCUCCAUCAGCUGCUGACCGUUAUCAGACGCUGGCCAUGCAGGGUUAUACUCGCUCUGACGGAAGUCUCCAACGUUACCCGUUUGCCCCAAGACCACCCAGCAUUUCUGAGAAUGUAGCCAUGGAGAACAUGGCGGUAGACGGGGUGGAGCACAGCGGAGAGGAUGAUAUGGUGCUUCCUGAUGAUGUGGUGCAGUACCUCAGGUCACAGAAUUCUGGCCCCUCAGGGCACAACUUGGGGCAUGUUAAUUAUAACUCAAACAAUCACACUCAGGGUUAUCAAAUAGGCAUGCCCCCACCACCAUCCUUUUACGCACAGAGGAGGAUGGCCAUGGUGGAUGCUACCAUGGCUCAGUCUGGUCAGACUAUGCAGUCUUACCAAAUGGGUUCCAGCAGCUCCCAGCAGGUUUUUUCAGCAUCGUCAGACAACCUGAACAAGAACAACAUGCCUGUGCAGUGGAAUGAAGUGAGCUCCGGGACGAUGGAGACCACAACCAGGGUCUCCAAGCAACAUCAGCUUCCUCUCAGGGGGAAUCUAGCUGUUGUUCAGCAGAGACACAACUUUGGCUCACUUCAGGCACAAACUCAGAGCCUGAACGGCAACCAGCAGGUUGUGCCCAUGAGUCAGAACAUGUCUAUGCAGGAGUAUGUAAACCACGGCAACCAGAGGCCAAUGAACACCCCCCUCCAGCAGCAUCAGCAACAGAGGCAGUGCAAUAGCGUGAGCUUCGGUGAGCAGAUGAAUCAUCAGCAAGGGGUCAGUCAUGAGGCCAGCCUUGCUUCUGUGUCAGGAAGACCUACCCACAACACCAUGGCAGAUCCAGAACUGCAAAGUUACAGCGCAAGGACGCAGACUAAAGGGCAUUUGUAUGGAAACCAAGUGGAUCAGCACCAAAGUUACAACAUUCCCUCCCAGCAGCAGCACAGCAUCCAAAAUGGAACUAGAGGAAUGUUACAACCCAGACCACCUGCAGAGCCCAAGUCUGUCACCAGACAACACACAAGUUCUGGCAUGACACAACCAAACCGAACUCUCAAACUGUCUGAUCUGAGCACAAGUCAUGCUAAUGACACAUCUGAGGCGAGUCCAAAGAGGCCCAGUAAAAUAGUGGACCAUGGCAGUGACUCAGAGCAUCAGAACUCUGCUGUGAUCUACACAGGUCAGAUUCAUAUGUUUGAGCCUUCCUCUGCCAGCUUUGAUGCCUCCAUGUCCCCGGGUAUCCCUGAGGCUGCUGCAGCCAACAUGGCCUCCCCAGGAGUCAACCAGGUCUCCAGCAGUACAGCGGAUUCCUCCACUGGGGGUUCAGGCAGCACAGAGCAUGCUCAGAUCGACUUUGACACCAUGCUUGAUGAUGGGGAUCACUCCAGCCUCAUGUCAGGGACCCUGAGUCCAGCCUUGCUGCAGAGCCUCUCCCAGAGCUCCUCACGUCUUACCACCCCUCGCAACUCCGUCACCCUGGCAUCCGUGCCCGCAGGGAUCGGCAACAUGGCCAUUGGGGACAUGAACUCCAUGCUCACAGCUUUGGCAGAAGAAAGCAAGUUCCUAAACAUGAUAAGCUGAGAGUAACCAAACACCUCAUGUUUCAUCCAUUCUUACCGAGACUAUCAGGAAUAUACAGACUUCGUUAGAAAGCACUGAUUGUACAAAGCUAAACUGGCUAUUUUAUACAUCUUUGUCCGUUGCCCAUUCUAAUAUGCUAAUCUUGUCAUUUUUGUUUCAGAUUGUAAUAUGUUAAAAUUAACAGUAAAAUACUGUAGCUAGGGGUUAAGAACAAUUUUCCAUCAUUAUUUCUUAAAAAGCCAUACUUUUUAGCUACAAAUCUAUGAUAACCGAUGAUAUAUAAAUGUAUGAAAACAAUUGCUGUUCAGUAUUUGCUGGUGUAACAGGCCUUUAUGAAGCGAUGCACUGAUAUCCAAUCACAUUGUGCCUUUCUGAGGACAUCAACUUUAAGUAUCUGAGGACAACAUUGAAAAAUGGACACGAUAUGUAGAUAUUAAGAUGAUAUUUCUCUAGGAGUCUGUUAUGUGUGUAGAUUUUACUGCGUGGUAAUUGCUUUAAGUUAUGCUAGAGACUUUUGGUGUUUAAACCUGGGCUGCCAGAGGUGCAGUAACAUAUAAACAUCUGCAUCUGGUCCUAAUGUGUUCAAUUUAUAUUUGAUAUUUCUCAGUAAUGUUCUGUUCCUUUUCUUGAGGCUAAUGUAGCUUCUACAUGCACAACACAGCAUAUAACUGAAAACAGUAUUAUCCUCUGCUGGAUUUAACCAUGUUUAAAAAAUGAAUAAGAACAGACAAAAAGCAGAACUUUGACAGACGGGACAUAUAUGAAAUGAUGAAAAAUGCACUGAGGUUAACACAAAGAACAAACUAUGAUUGUUGUGCAGACACGAUAAAAUAAAAAGAGAAAUAAAAAAUGACAGUGAAGUUUGCUGCAACCUGUCGUGCACAUUUUUUAUACUGACUGCAUUUUAACGUGAUUUUUCCAACCCAUUUUUGUACCUGAAUUUUACAGAAUGGAGCUUAGCCCAGUUUAAACACAUGGUUGUACGGCAUUAUUAUGACGGUUUUUCAUCUAGUCCUGAGCUCUUAGGGAUGGCACUGUAAUGUCUGAUUUCCCUCUUUGCCCUCUGGAUCAGGGAUUUCAACUCUCCACGAUCCCACCUCACGAGGGAAACGAAGUGGAGACGCCUCUGUGUUAGCCUGUCGGGGCGUAUGAGCCCCGUGUUUCUGAUGAGAAGUAUUCUCUAAAAGAAUAUACAAGUACCUCUGUGUGUUCUCAGCAGAGAUCCAACUCUAAUUAACACAUUCACCGCCACCAUCGCUGCAUCCCAUAUGUCCUCUGGAUUCCAGAUGAACUGCAGUCCCGGAAGGGACUCAGACUUUGGAAAUGAAAUCCUGCUUUGGACAGGGUUGGAAAACUGGGUCUGCAAAUUCCGACAAUUUAUUAUGUUUGCUGAAUUUCUAAGUAGACUUAAUGUUUGUGUGUAUGCUAUUGUUUACUUUUAUUAUGCUCAGUGUGUGUGGGGGUUUGUGUGUCUAUAACUUUUGUACAUUUUAAAUAAACUAUCUUUUUUUCCUGUUAAAAGGCAUUAUUUGCGUC